AUGGAAGCUAGAUUCGUUGUGUUCCUUUCCCUCUUGUGCCACUCAGCGUUGUCUGCCGAUGUCGACUGUUUUGCUGCUCGUGACCCUGGAACAACAUGCUCCGAAAAUAGUUCGUCUAGAAUGUUCUACUAUCUCCCACGUCUUGGAACGUGUCAACCAUUCAUGUAUCAAGGAUGUGGAGGAAACAGUAACCGGUUCAGCAGUCUACAAGAGUGUAGAUCAGCGUGUACCAAUGCUCAAGCUCAAAGGGAUUCUGAGUCAACUGAUGAAACUGUUCAAAUGAAGUCUGCCUGUUCUGCUACUUAUGACACUGACCACUUGACUCCAGUCAGAUGCUCUUCUGCUGCCAACACAUGCCCACAAGGCCACAAUUGUAUUCAAUCAUUCUGCUGUCCAACAGCCAACUACCUCUGCAACUUGACCUAUGACUCUGGAAAGUUCGCUGUCGGCGGAGAGAAGAGUGACAAGUACUUCUGGGUUCCAAAAUACACAACAUGCAUGCGUUUCUCGUUUUAUGGAACUCUUGGAAAUGCAAACAACUUUCCAAAUUACAACUCGUGCAUGGCUACCUGCGGAAAUCAAACAAGAACUGCUAACUAA